GCCGAAGCCAGUACUUGAGGAGGCGGGACCGGCAACCUGAGGACCGCACCAUUUGGACUUGGGCAGUCGCUCGCGCAGUUCUGGCUUAUUCUGCCUGUUUGCGUUACACCGAGAGUCGCCUGAGCCUCGCUCCUUUUGCCCGCUCAAGAGGAUGCAGCGCCCGAAGGCAUCCCUUCUCUUGGCCGCGGCGCUGCUGGUGCUCUCGCCCUCCUCUGCUUGGAGGAGCGGCGGCGCAGACUACCAGGAGCAGCCCCCACCCAAGCAGAUCUGGGAGGAUCAGCUGUUGCUCCCUUCCCGGGGAGCGGUCAACUCGCAAGUCACGCGGGCCGCCCAGACGGCCCUCGACUAUUACAACUACCUGCAGGGCUCGCCCAGUAAUCUCCGGGCGCCGAGGUACGUCAAGAAGUCGUCGAUCAAGACUAUCCCAGGAGUUGGGCGUAAGUACUUCCUACAGUUUGCUUCAAAAGACAUUCAAACUGGGCAAAAUCUAGGGAUAUGCUUUGCAACUGUUUUCUACCGGAGGCAAAAGCCAAAGCCACAGGUUGACAUUGUUUGCUCACACAACAAAGACCCCGGUCAGCGUCUACAAGAGGACUAUGUCUUGUACCGCCGAAUUAAAGAUGACACCGAGUCCUCUCCAGGUACUCUGUGGGGCUUGGCCACCAUUGGCAGCAGUUACGUUGCAUGGGAGAAAUCAACCGAAGACUUGAGUUAUACCCUGACGCAGAUGAAGAAUGUGAAGCAGUGGGAAAGAGAUGACGAUUCUCUAGAAUUUGACUACACUAUUCUGCUGAGUAGUAAUUUCUCAGAGUUUCUUUCCUGCCAUAUGAGUGUUGUCUGGAAGCCUGGCCAGCCUGUGAAAGUGAAGUAUGAUUGCUCUACAUAUGAUGAAUCUGCAGAAUCUGCAGAUGGUUCUGGGGUGGAAAUGGGAUCUACUAAUGAUUUGUUCAUUGAACCAGAAAGUAAUUUUUAAGUAGGAAAUAUACUGCAUUAUAAAGCUGUAAACAUUUUUACAAAGGUGUAGAUCACCUUUCAUUAAUAUUCUGAAAUCAUUGUCAUUCUUUUUUCUGUAUAAAUCAUUGCAGCAUAUUUGGAAGAUUUGCACUAGUCACUUCUGAUUCACCACACAUAUUCUCUUUUUUUUGUAAUUUCUGAAAAAGUAUUUUUUACUGUAUCUUCUGAAAGCAUUUUUGAAGAUUUUUUUUAAAGAAUAUAUGUAAAAACUACUGAUUUGUCACCAAGUUUGUGGGACUAGGAGGUAACUCAGCAUGAGACAAAUUUAAUAUGUAUAUGAACAAAAGGCUUUUAAAACUGCCAUUAAAAUAUUUGAUAUUUUAAAGUUUUGAAAAUAAAACAUUUGAUGCUAACUUAUCUCCAAUAAAAAGAAUACUGGUA